AUGUCUUUUCUCAUAACUCAACCCUCGCCCGGCCUCUCACUUGGCUCUUUUAUAGCCGCUCACUUCCUAUGUACUGCUACCCUGGGCUUCACGACCAAGGAUCAAUCUUGGAUCCGUCGAGCUGCCUCUAUCUUGAUAUUUCUAUUGACGUUUAUUGGUGAUCGCACCGCUUCUGCCGUAUCGGAUAACGCGAGUAUUCGAUGCCUUCUCGUAACAUUCUCUUGGGUUCAGGCAUUCAAUGGCAACUCAUUGCUCCGUCUGUCAAAGGCCGAGUACAAGACCCUGAAAGAGGAGGGACAGCAAAAUACCACACCCAAGUCCGUUUUCGUCGGCAAUGAUGCUUCUGGCAAUGGCUCAUUCAUUAGCCGUCUCACAUGGGCUCUCGCCAUGCAGUGGAAUCUGCGCCGCAUCAAGACAUCCAGACCAGCCCGAAACACACCCCCAUUCUCCUCCAAAGAUCCAAGUUAUAUUCCAUCACGGGGUCGGUUUUUAUUGACCCGCGUUGGUGUCAUCGUCGCCUCCAUUGCCUAUAUGUCCAUUAUAGGUCUCCAGCCCGAGCCAGCUCGCGACUCUCUUUCCAGUAACAAAGUUAGAUUCUUCUCGCGGUUGAGCGAUGUGAGACCAUACGAACUUCUUCAAAGAGCCAUUUCAACUGUCACAUGGCUCUCUGGAAUCGGAACUACUAGCGAGAUCUGCUACAACGUAAUCGCUGUCGUGUUAGUGGGCUCGGGUCUGAGUGAACCUGUCAUGUGGCCUUCUUGGUUUGGCUCCUUUACAGAGGCUUAUAGUGUGCGCCGGUGGUGGGGGUAA